AUGGUCAAGCCCGUCGUGUCUGCCAUGAACGCAUGGACAUGCGUUGUGCUAUCCGUGUUCGCCAUUGUCAUUCUUUCCACCAUUGGAGCACUUUUCAAGUCGGGUAGUCACACAGUGCUGGGUGGGAUAGAGGAUCCUGAGGAUGGCAAUGCUGUUGCUGGCGCAGUCUUUGGAGCUGUGUUCAUCUACAUUGGCUUCCUCAUUUUCUGCGGCUUCCAGGGCUUCCUUCACAUCCGUGAAAGCCGUCGCGGCGCGAUAAGCCUGUCCUAA